AUACUACUGUUCCUGGAUUGAGAUCAGUGAUGACCCAGCCCAGUCAGAAACAUCUUCCAGUUUCACCUCCUCAUCCCAAGCUCAGGAAAACGCAAUUGUGAACAAGCGAACUCCUCACAUUCUCAAGAGCAUUCCCCUCACAAAGCCACUGGUCAUUCCAGCGGGUGUGAAGUCUGCUAAUUCCAGUUUUGACCCCGUUGGAGACAUUGAGAACCUGGUUCCAAGAGCAACAGAUGAGUCUGUGGACUGGGGCACAUCCUUUGACAAAG